CCAUAAACACCAUUGGUCUUUGUUGGUGACUAUAAAACUCAAGUAGUGCUUAGAAAAUUUAGAAAUAUAGCAAGCUUGUAGUUCAUCAUGGAAUGGUGUUUAUUACCACCAACUUUGGCUUUUGCACUUGUUGCUGUUGUUUGCACCUUCAACUGCUUGGUUAAUGCCACUACAGAUCCUAAUCAAGCCAGAACUUUGAAUGCAAUCUUUAGCAAAUGGGGUAUAAAGGCAAAUCCUGAUCAUUGGAACAUAAGUGGUGACCUAUGCAGUGGAAGGGCCAUCGAUGACACACUUUUUGCUGACAGAACUUACAACCCUUUCAUCAAAUGUGAUUGUUUCAAAGACAGUGAAAAUAGUACUUGCCACAUUACCAAACUUAAGGUUUAUGCAUUGAGCGUGGUGGGUGAAAUUCCGGAAGAGUUAUGGACCCUAACUAACCUCACAGAAUUGGAUAUUCGCCAAAAUCACUUGACCGGUUCUUUACCUCCAGCCAUUGGAAAGCUAACUCGUAUGGAAUAUUUAUCUUUUGGCAUCAAUGCUUUGUCAGGGGAGAUUCCGAAGGAGUUGGGAAAUCUUAUAGAAUUGAAAUCACUAAGUUUUGCGUCAAACAACUUCUCAGGUUCUCUUCCAUCUCAACUUGGGAAUCUACUAAAAUUAGAACAACUUUACAUAGGUAGUUCAGGAGUUAGUGGUCCAAUUCCAACCACAUUUGAAAAUCUGAAGAAUCUGAAGACAGUAUGGGCUAAUGAUGUGGAACUUACAGGAAGGAUACCAGACUUCAUUGGAAAUUGGUCUAACCUUAAUUCCUUGUAAGAGAACAUUAAUUACAAAUAUGUUUUUUUUAUAUGUGUGUGUGUAUAUAUAUAUAUAUAUAUUUUUUUUUUUUGUU